AUGCGAGGCAAUGUGCAAUAUAAACGACCAUAUGGAUGGAACCGUAUAGCCUUGAGAGUUGCCGGAAAAUAUGAUAAUGGUGACGAUAAAUGGCUUGGUAACAAUAAUGAAGCCUGGGCAGUGUCAUAUCAUGGUACAGCUAAGCAUAAUGCAAAAUCAAUUUCUGAGGAUGGUUAUUUAUUGAGCAGGGGAAGACGUUUUGCUUAUGGAUAUGGUAUUUAUUCAACACCUAACAUGCACAUAGCUGAACAGUAUGCACAGGCAUUUGAGUAUCAAGGAAAUAGUUACGUGAUAGUAUUUCAAAAUCGUGUAAAUCCUGUUAGUUUAAAGAGGUUUCCUGUUGGAGGUGGAGAAUACUGGGUUUCUGAAAAGGAAGAUCAUAUCAGACCAUAUGGAAUUUGUAUAAAAAGAAGAUAA